AUGCGCACGUCGCGCACGUCGUGGGCGAUGGGCUUCGCAGCCCUGUGCGCCUCGGCCGUGGUCGCCCAGCGGGCCGCCGCCGUCGACAUGUCGCCGUCGCUGCUCGAGGCGCUGGUGUACGAGGUCUUGCACAUCCCAGAGCGCUCGCCCCACGAGCCGCCCCACCGCACCGACCUGCUGCCGGAGUACGACGUGGUGGUGGUGGGCGCCGGCACGGCGGGGUGCGCGCUGGCGGCGCGGCUCAGCGAAGUCGCCGACUGGGACGUGCUGCUGCUGGAGGCGGGCGGCGCCGAGAACAUCUUCAUGGACGUGCCCGUGGCCGCGCACUUGCUGCAGUUCAGCCACGCCAACUGGAAGUACCGCACGCAGCCCUCCGACAAGGCCUGCCUGGGCAUGAAGGACCGUCGCUGUAACUACCCGAGGGGCAAGGUGAUGGGCGGGUCCAGCGUGCUCAACUACAUGAUCUCCACGCGCGGGCACCGCGAGGACUACGACCACUGGGAGCGGCUCGGCAACCCGGGCUGGAACUUCGACGCGGUCAUGCCGUACUUCCUCCGCCUCGAGGACAUGGCCAUCCCGGACCUGGCGCGGGACAAGGUGCACCACGGCGUGGGCGGCCCCGUCACCAUCAGCCACGCGCCGUACCGGUCCGAGCCGGCGCAGGCCUUCGUGCGCGCGGCGCAGGAGCUCGGCUACCCCGUGAGGGACUACAACGGCGCCGACAUGGCCGGCUUCUCCUUCCUGCAGGUGACGAUGCGCAACGGGUCCCGCUGGAGCUCCAACCGGGCCUACCUGGAGCCGGCCCGACGCCGACGCAACCUCCACGUGAGCAAGGACAGCCGCGCGACCAGGGUGCUGGUGGACCGGCGGACGCGCGCCGCGGUGGGCGUGGAGUUCGUCCGCGAGGGCGCCAAGGGCGGCAAGGCCCGGCAAGUGGUGCGCGCGCGGAGGGAGGUCGUACUGGCGGCCGGCGCCAUCAACUCCCCUCAGCUGCUCAUGCUGUCCGGCAUCGGGCCGCGCGAACACCUCAAGUCUGUGGGCGUGGCUCCGCUGCUGGACCUGCCCGUGGGACACAACCUGAUGGACCACGUGGCUGCGGGGGGCGUCAUGUUCACGGUGGACGCCAACAAGAGCUUCACGGUGAACCUGCAGCGCGUGCUGGAGAACCCGGCCCUUAUCGGCCAGUACACCAAGUACCGGCGCGGCCCCAUCACCCUGCCCGGCGGCGCGGAGGCCCUGGGCUUCAUCCGCGCGCGCGACUUCCGCGGCGGCCGCGGGGGCCGGCAGGCCAGUAAUAACGCCACCGGGGGGCACUUUGCCGACGUGCCCGACGUAGAGCUCCUCCUGGCCUCGAGUUCCUUGAUCGACGAGCCCAUGCUGCAGGACAACUUCGGCAUCGCAAACGACCUGUACGACAAGGUGUACCGACCGCACGUUGGGACUGCUUCCUGUACCGUGUUCCCCAUGUUACUCCGACCCAAGAGCCGCGGCCGCAUCACACUUCGGUCCAGGUCGCCGAUGGCCAAACCUCUCAUUUUUCACAACUACUUCGACGACGAUGAAGACCUGGAGACUAUGGUGGACGGGGUGCUCGCAGUGCAGCGCCUGCUCGACACCAAGGCCAUGGGGGACAUCAAGGCCAAGCUGUUCGACGUGCCCUUGCCUGGCUGCGCCAAAUUCCGCUUUGGCACGAGGAAGUACUGGCGGUGCCACAUCAAGCACCUACCGCAGACCAUCUACCACCAGAGCGGGACGUGCCGCAUGGGGCCCAGGGAAGACCCACGGUCCGUCGUGGACCCGCGGCUGCGCGUCAUCGGACUGCGGGGGCUGCGGGUGGCCGACGCCUCCAUCAUGCCCAGCAUCGUGUCGGGCCACACCAACACGCCGACGUACAUGAUCGCCGAGAAGGCGGCCGACAUGAUUAAGGAGGACCACGGCGUGCUCCGGACCAGGACGUUGUGAGUCCAACCUCCGGAGACAUGAGGGUCUUUUAGUUGGCUGCACCUGCUGAUGGCCAACUGACUUUACUGUGAUUUUUUUAGUACAACUGAUGGAUGAGACUUUGGGCUCGUUUUUGAACUUUUUGAAUCAUCACGGCCCGUGUUGAUGUAUUUUGUUUAAUUUUUAAAGCAUGGAAAUAAAGUUAGAUACAAAAC